UACACAGGGGGCAGCCAUUACAUGAAGACCACAACUAUUGACUACGUCACUAAUUUAUGCGUAACUUAUAAUCUGAAGCGUAAGGGUAAGGUAUAGAUGUCUUCAGUUUGGAAAUUGGAGAGAUAUUCAAGAUAUGUUACCGAGAAAAACCAUGGGAAAGGAGGAUGGGAGGUUUAUGAGAGUGAGAAAGCUGAAUUAAAUUUAACUCUUACAGAAUGUAGUUUUCUAGUAAUAUGUCAUGGUACAACCGUGAUUGAGAGUCAUUCCGUAGUUACUUCCCGAGCAUGGAUGAGAGGUUUAGUUAUAGGUGACAGCAUGAUGUUUUUAUACAAAGUCAAGGGUAAUACCAGAAAAUUUAAGAUCAAAUUUAAGAGUGUGAAUAAUGACAGUGGAAUCAAGUUAUGCUCUCAAUGUACAGAGAAACUUAGCAAAUAUUUUCCUAUUAAAAUAAAUUCUCAAUCAACAACUAGCCAAUCACAGGAGGCGACACAGGAUCCAAAUGGCGAACAAGUGCAAGGAGAAGCUGUUGUUGAAACUUUGGAAGGGGAAAUAACAUUAUCCAAAAUGGCAGAGGUUUUGUCAGGGAAGUUAAAAGCCAAUUUACCUAAAGCCUAUGAAGAACAUAAGUAUCCAACAGAAGAGACUGGUUUGUUGUUACGGUUGUGUCUUACAGAUCCAAGUUUUCCUGCAUUUGUAGAACACGUGGAAAAGGAAUUAAAAAACAUAAUUAAUGAAUCUGAGCCACUUUAGCAAAGUUUCAGAUGAUAGUUGUCAUUAUCUUUCCUGCCUGGCAAGUAAAUGAUAAUCAUUUGAUCAACAUUGCUAAAUUCCAGAAUAUGACCAUAACCAUUUUAAUCCUAAAACCUGACAUAAUUGUUAUUCUAUUCCCAGUAUUUUAGAGCACAUCAUCUCUGUUCAGAUGCAUGCAGAUUCAAUAUGUAAAGAGCUUAAAUGGAAAACGUGGUACAUGAUUUCAGUCAAAAAAGACAUAAUUCCAGUGUCAGUGAGAUAUCUUAGAUUGUAAAAACAAUUGAAACGACCUUCCACGUGUAGAACAGAGUGUGGUGCAUGUCACAUAUUAAAUACAUUUUACUGAGAAUGAGUAAAAUGGAUACACUGCUUUUUGCAUUAAGUCUCUUUAUGUUUUACUAGGAGCCGGGUAGCUAAGUGAGAAAGGGGCUGGCUCACUAAUGGGGUACAGGAUUCGAUCAGUGUGGUAUUCCCUUGUCAGUGGUGUUGGAAGAAAGGCAUGACAAGGACAGUGUCUAGUUGCUUAGGAUGGGACCAAAAACCAAGGUCCUGUGUGCACAUAAAAAAAAAAACGCUUGACAGUUGAGAUAAGAGUAGACCAUAGCACCACUGUCUGGGCAAAAUUUCCCACCUAGCACACUGUAUUGCAUGUGCCGAUUUUCAUUAGCCCAGUUGGGGCAAAAAGUAGGACGUUAAUGUACAAUGAAUUUUCAAUGACAGGGGGGAAGUAAUAGUUAAGUCCUGGUGCAUGAAGUAAGCAUAAUGGGCGAACAAACAAACACACCUACUGUAUUCUACAAUAAGUGGCCAUAUGAACUUUUAAGGUAAAUAAAACAAAUCUUUUAUU